CUGCAGGAGCAGGGCUGCUAACCCAGGCCUGCGUGGGACUGCCGUGGCUGAUCCCUGCUGCUGGAGACAGCCCUCCUCCUGCACAGAGCCCUGUGAGUGGGGAAAACGUGGGGGGGGGCAGGACAGACCUAAGCCCAGGGGAGUUUGGGCUGGCCCCUCCGAGAUCAAGUUUUUCCUGUCCCUGAGUUGUCAGUGGUCCGACACCGCAAUCUGGCGUUGUGGUUCCUAGGAAGGAAGGGGUUAAACGCCUGCAUACACUGCAUUUCAUCGUUCCAGGCAGACAGCUACCUGUAGGUGUUGGUUAUGGCUGCGAUUUAUCAAGCACUGUAUAGAAGAGCCUCCUCUCCCGUCUGCAGGUUACACUCCACCUACGUUAAAAAAAUGAGAUACUUAUAUGAGCUAAAGGAAGAUGAUGGCCUUUGUAGACAAGCCCAGACCUCAGGAACUUUCUACCUCUUUCACAAUUUCUCCCCCUUCCUGCAGAAAGUUGGGAAGAAAUAUUUGGUCCCACAGCUCAGUGCAGCAGAGAUUAAAAGGAUCCUGGAGAAGUUCAAAGAGGCUGAACAGUGGAUGGAGAAGUCGGUGCUGAUCGGUUGCUCAGACGAGCACAUACCACACUUCGCCCUGGAUUUAGGAGCCUUGGAGAAAUCAGUCAUUGAGUCUGAACUCAAGGGAUCAUUUACUGACUUACGAAAGGCUCUAUUCGUAGUGGAUGGGAAAGAUUCUCCUGUGCUGGCUUCGGCUCAGUCCCUUCUUCGGUGGCACGAUUCCCACCAGUACUGUAGCAAAACUGGGCAGCCCACUCAGAAAAAUGUGGCUGGCAGCAAGCGUGUCUGCCAUGCCAGCGGGAUAAUUUACUAUCCACAGAUGUCUGCAGUGGUUAUCACCCUGGUGUCUGAUGGGAGCCGGUGCCUCCUCGCACGACAGCCCUCAUUUCCCCAGGGGAUGUACAGCGCUCUGUCAGGCUUCUGUGACCUGGGUGAAAACGUGGAGGAGACAGUCCGGAGAGAGGUGGCAGAAGAGGUGGGCCUGGAGGUGGACUCGCUCCGGUACUCAGCUUCUCAGCACUGGCCCUUUCCCAGCAGCUGCUUAAUGAUAGCUUGUCACGCCAUGGUGAGAGUACAGCAGGCUGAGUAUGAACAGCCUGGAACUAGAGGAAGCCCGUUGGUUUGGCCUGGAGGAAAUCGUGGAGGGUCUCAAGAGAGAGCCCGGAUCUUCAAAGCGAGACAAUGGCAGUCUUUUACCCUGGUUCCCUCCCAAACAGGCCAUUGCUCACCAGCUGAUUCGUGAGUGGGUUGAGCAGCAGACUUCCAAGCCAGCUUAGGCAUUACUUCAUGAAGUCUGCGAUGCUACCAGAACAACAAAAUCCCAAUACAAAAGCUUCCAAAGUUACUUGAAAACAAAAUCUGUGUUAUGGUGAGGAUACUACCAGACUGAUGGCAGUUUUACACUCAGAUACACAGACCUACAAAGCCAUUUCUGAACUGAUCAACCUCAGGCAACUCCAUGUACAGUGGAUCACCUUCGAGAUCCCAUCACUUGCAGCAAAUAUACAAUAAAAUUCUUAGGCCCAAAGCAUCAAACUUACUGUAACCAGCUACUGCUGUUGCCCAGCAAGCAACAGAACAGUGAGCCCCUGGCACUUAUGUCCCAUUUCCCUCCAUUUAUCCAUCUUGGAUGGAUAUCAAAUGCACAGUUUUUCCAGAAACAAAAGGGACAGUGGUGACUUUCAGUGUUCACAUUUAUAUAGAUCUUGAAGAACUGGAAAAAACUAAAACAAAAAACAAAAAACGGAAAAAAAGCCACUGCCUGUAUGCUCUCCCCUUCUUCUGUUUCCCUUCCCAUUCAAUCUCCCAGUUUUGUAUAAAACAUCCUAUUUUUUUUUUUUUGCAAAUGUUAAAUGGGCUCCUUCUUUGUUAAGAUACCUGAGCAACUAAAAAUAUCUCUAGAGGCACCAUUUUCCUUACCAGUAAGAUAGUGUUACUUCUAUCCCAAGGAAGAGAGAACAGAGCUAUAUGGUGCCAGAGGGUAGAAAAGCAAAACCUACAUGUAAGCAUAUUAGAAGAACCCAGAUAAUGCAAAGGUGAGAGGAACUGCUGCAAGAAGGGACUGCACAGAAAAAUCCCGAGGGGCACAAUGCCUUUUACCCUGUGCCAAAAGUUUGUGGCUUGCCUGAAGAGGUGGUCCAAUUUUACUGAUGAAAUGGCAUCCCUUCGCUGGAGGGAAAGUGGCAAAGAGACAGUGUGGUCCAGAAAAGCUUAGCGAAAGAGAUAGAUGGAUGUUUGAUCUCCUGCUGAUUUCAGCUGUCAUCCUUUCUGCCUGCUUGGUGAGAGUUCAAAUGCCAAGAUUGCGAAGCCAUCAGAACAGAUAUUUGAAGGGGGAACUGGAAUGUACCACUGACUGCCACCAUUAGGAUUCAAUGUAGGUGAAAGACCUUUUGAGCCAUGGUAAAAACCUGGAGUCAUGACACCUGAGCAGUAAGUAAAAAAUGAAGGCUUUCUCACACCAUUGAGACAUGCUUUGUUUCUUCAGAAUUAAUUUCACUUUAGGAGGUUGGGAGGGGAUUGUUGCAGGCCAUGGUGGCGUGUGGAAUCCCUCACUAACUCUCAGUCAAUAAAAUCCACGUGGCAGAGCA